GCGUCCCCCUAGUACCUUCGCGCAUCGCCACUCAUCGACCCACUGAUUAAAUUAAAGGCAAGAUGGCGACCGAGGGUGCGUACGAGUCGAUCCUCUGUGUUAAACCUGAUGUCAAUGUUUACCGAAUCCCACCGAGAGCAUCAAACCGGGGUGUACGGGCAGCCGACUGGAAGCUGGACUCCCCAGACUGGACUGGACGUAUGCGGGUAACAGCACGGGGGAAAGUAGCCUACAUUAAACUGGAGGAUAAGAUCUCUGGGGAGCUGUUCGCUCAGGCCCCCAUCGACGAGUUCCCCGGCAUCGCUGUGGAAACCGUCAGCGACUCCAGCCGCUACUUUGUACUGCGCAUACAGGACGAUAGCGGGCGCAGCGCCUUCAUCGGCAUCGGCUUCGGGGACCGAGGGGACUCCUUUGACUUCAACGUGGCCCUGCAGGACCACUUCAAGUGGGUGAAACAAGAGGACGAAAUCAGCAAACAGGCACAGACGCCCGACAACACUCCAAAGCUAGACCUGGGCUUUAAAGAAGGACAAACCAUCACGCUUAAUAUCGGGCAGUCCAGAAAGAGGGAGAAGGCCCGCCCACAGGGCUCAGGGGGCUUUGGGCUCCUCCCCCCGCCUCCUGCAGGAAAACUUGCCCCACCCCCUUCUAAAUCGGACAAUCAGAACACGCAACCUGCUGUGGAAGAAGGUGACAUGGGCUGUCUGCUGGAUCUGGACUCCACUAAUGACAACUCUGUAGAUGCUCCGAUCUCCAACACCACCGCAACCUCUGACCUGUGGGGAGAUUUCGACUCAGUAACCCAGAAGUGAAGGAAGGACUUUCUUCCUUCCACUAGUUCCCUUUUUCUUUACACUGGCUUACAUUAUGUUGUUUUUUAUUAUUUAUUAUCUAUUUCAGUUUUUGACCCCCUCUUCAAACAGGACAGUUCCUUAAUCAAGAUGCAGUUUCAGGUCAGAAUUGGGUAUAAGUACUCCCUAAGCCUCGUUUCCUCCUCUUCCAUUCAUCUGUCCCCUGUGUUCUGUUCCCAUUGUAUCGUCAUGACUUUCUCUUCCUCCUCCUCCUCCUCCUCCUCUUCCUCCUCUAUUACGCUUCUACAAUGGAAUAUCUCCCACUGAUGCAUAAGGACAAGGGAGAUAUUUCAAUAGGGACUAACUUAUUAAUUGAUAUUAUGUACAGAGAGUUAUGUAGAUAUAUAUUGUCAGUAGUUUGCAAUUAUUGUCAUUCGUUAUUCGUGUGUAGCUUACUUACUUUUAAAUCCUCCCCCCCCCCCCCCCCCAACCCCCCCUCGAAUAUGCACUGACGGACCGUCUACCACGCUGUCUGUUGAGUUGAUCAUCAGCAAAGUCUUAGCAUUUCAAUGCAAGGACUGUUCUAAUAA